AUGCUAUUUGGGACCGUAAACGACAAGAUGCGAUUUGCGUUUCAAACUUAAAAAAUGCGAAAAAGGUCGAUAGGGGCGUUUUAGUCGAGCGGCCAGAUGUGAAAAUCUUUUUACCUUUCAGAUUUUUUGUGUAUGAACCAAAAACUCUCUUCAUACCAAAUACAUACAACAGGUUCUUAGUUGUGCCUAGUGGUGAUCAUCUGACAUCGCUGGUCGAUGAAAUAUCGUACAUAUCACCGCCGGCACCACCUCUUUCACAAAUCGAUGAUGUACCAUCAGAAUAUUUCUGCAACGGUGACAAUCGGCCUCCAAACUGUGGGCCCAACUGCGAAUGCACGCAUAUGGUCGAUAUACCUCUCGGAGCGAUCGUCGAGGUCGUUUUGGUAGAUGAAGUGCAGCAGGUUAAUCUGAGCCACCCCUUCCAUUUGCAUGGCACUGCCUUCUAUGUCGUAGGACUUGGGCGCUCGCCGGACAAGUCAAUAAAAAAAAUCAACCUGAAACAUGCUUUAGAGUUGGACCGAAUGGGAAUGCUUGAGCGUGAUUUCUCAAAGCCGCCACUUAAGGACACGAUAGCUGUGCCCAAUAAUGGAUAUGUUGUUAUGCGGUUUCGAGCUGAUAACCCAGGCUAUUGGCUUUUCCAUUGUCAUUUCCUUUUCCACAUCGUCAUUGGCAUGAACUUGAUCUUCCAUAUCGGCAUGCAAGCUGACCUACCGCCAGUACCACCUCGAUUUCCCACGUGCGGCGACCAUGUACCACCCGUAACUUGGUACUAGAAGCUGAAAAAGUAGUUCAUAAUCACCCUAGUAUACUCUGUGCUUUUACUUUUCAACCCUAAGUUACUUAUGUAUGUAUUUAUUAACUGUUUGCCUUAGCUUAACUUACGUUUAGUCCGAAUUCAUAAUACGCAGUAGAAAAGAAAUUAAAUAUUCAGUCUGGAAAUACUGAGUAUCUCGCAUAUUUAUGUACAUAUGUAUUUAUGUAAAUUCUGUCUGUGUUUACUUUUGUAAAUUAGACAGCUGAACGCGAUGCAAUAAAACUUUCUUAUAAACAGAAAUUAACAGCAACAGUUAAGACAUCCGCACUGACCAGUUCCAUUUUAUAGUCGCUUCCGACGCUGAUCAUCUCGUAUCGCUUAUCGAUGAGGUGUCUUAUGUGUCGCCACCAUCGCCAAUGCUUUCACAGUACAACGACAUACCUGAGGAGUACUACUGUAACGGGGAUAAUCGACCAUCCGACUGUGGCGAAAACUGUCAAUGUACUCACAAGAUCGAUAUACCACUUAAUGCAAUCGUCGAGGUUGUUCUGGUCGAUGAAGUUCAGCAGAUAAAUAUUAGCCAUCCAUUUCAUUUACAUGGUACGUCAUUUUAUGUAAUUGGCCUUGGACGCUCCCCUGAUGAACACAUCAAGCGAAUGAACUUAAAACAUGCACUGGAUCUCGAUCAACGCGGUAUGCUUGAAAGGCGAUAUCAGAAACCCUCGUUAAGGGAUACAGUUGCUGUACCAAAUAAUGGAUAUGCUGUUUUGCGCUUUCGAGCUGACAAUCCUGGAUUCUGGCUUUUUCAUUGUCAUUUCCAAUAUCACAUUGUAAUUGGCAUGAACUUGGUCUUUCAAAUUGGUACUCUUAAUGAUUUGCCUCCUGUGCCGCCUAACUUCCCGCGGUGUGGUAAUCAUCUACCCCCGAUAACAUCCAACAGCGAAUAGUA